AGGGGGGCGGGUUAGUGUGUGACUGGGCAUACUGGGAGGGUGAGCCGGACCGGUGGAUCGGUGUGACGGCUGUGUAAGGACUGGCAUAACGAGAGUGCGGGGAGUGACGGACCGGGGAAGGGGUGACGGAAGAUGUAUGUACCCGGGGAGAAGGGAGAAGGGGAUGGCCGGUGUGUGUGUUCGGAUCCCGGACCGAUCUCCAGUUGACAUCACUGUCCUUUCAGCCGCCGGUGUCGGGCCCAGGAGCCCCACUCCCUUCUUCCCUUGCUUCACUCCGAGAAUCGCGCUCGCUCCCUCCACUCCAGGGUCCCGGGAUCAGUUUUUUAGUCUUACUGAUGUUGCGACACCACUCAACCAGAUGAUCUAACUCACUCCAUACGCCUCCUUGACACCAUCUGAAAUUCUGCCAAGAGUCGCUGUGUCAUUUGCAAAUUUAUAGAUGCCAUCUGAGUGGUGCCUAGCCACAGAGCCAUGCGUGUAGAGGGAGUAGAGCAAGGUGGUGGGUGAGGUUAUUUCUGAUCUGCACAGAUUGUGAUCUUCUGGUUAGGAAGUGGAGGAUCCAGCUGCAGAAAGAGGUACUGAGGCCCAGGUUUUGGAGCUUUAUGAUCAGACCUGUAGGACUGAGCGUGCUCGCUCACUCGCCCCUUCCUCCCCUGGUGCCCACUGAGCUGUAGUCAAUAAACAGCACCCCAGUUAGCAUUGUCCAGGUGAGCCAAGGCUCCGUGAAGAGCCAGUGAGAUUGCAUCUCCUGUACACCUAUUGUGGCGAUAGGCAAAUCGUAGUGGAUCCAUGUCCUUGUUGGGCAGGAGUUGAUUCUAACCACAACCAACCUCUCAGAGAACUUCAUCACCACAGACGACUGAAAAGGAACAUUAGACAAAGAUGAUUAAAACAACAGACUGCUUGGAUGCUCCACACAAAAGGUGAAGAUGUUGAUUAUGAGACUAUUUCGCAUGUAAAGGAGGCGCUGGCCGGCAAAGAUGUUUGGAAGUCUGUUCAGGAGAAAUGCAUCCCAGAAACUAAGUGCUCUGUUGCUAGUUUUUGGGUUUAUUUGGGGUUUGGUGUUACUCCGUUACACUUUCCAGCAGCCAAAACGUCAAAACAGUGCAGAACUGCGUGAACAGAUUCUGGAACUGAGUAAAAGAUACGUUCGAGCUCUCGCAGAGGAAAACCAAAAUGCAGUAGAUGGCCCUCGUGGUGCCUCAAUGGCAGGAUAUGCCGACCUAAAGCGGACGAUUGCUGUUCUCCUGGAUGAUAUACUGCAACGCCUAGGGAAGCUGGAGAACAAAGUGGACGAUAUGAUUCCAAGCAGCGUGACGAACACCACCAACAGCACCAGUAGCAAUUCUGCGCCCGCAGGUGGCAGUAAACAGAUCAGUCAGCAAGAGUUUACAUCUUUGUGUGGAUUAACAUCAAUAGAUGGUUUUCCACAUUGUCAAGGCAAAGUUAAGUGGAUGAAGGAGAUGUGGAAGUCUGAACCUUGCUAUGCGAGCUACGGUGUCAAUGGAUCCAUCUGCUCAUUUAUUUUAUAUCUCAGUGAGGUUGAGAACUUCUGCCCGAUGCUUCCAGAAAGAAUAAAAAAUGUUGCUGCUGCUAAUGCCUUAAAGCCUAAGGCUAAAAUGUUAAGCAGCCUGGAUGGUUUACUAGCAACACUGGCUGAGCGUGAAGAACUUCUGUGGAUAAAACUGAGAAUAGAGAGAAUGAACGAGAAAUGGAUAACGGCUGUGAAAGCAUUGGCGAAGAAAUAUAAUCUGCAAGAUCGACCACAGAAAAAGAUUUUACUUCAUUUAGGUCUUUUGACAAAGGAAUCUGGAUUUAAGAUUGCCGAGAAUGUCUUCAAAGGAGGUCCACUUGGGGAGUUAGUGCAAUGGAGUGACCUGAUAACCUCUGUGUACUUGCUCGGUCACAAUAUCACCAUUUCCACAUCGAUAGAUCAGCUGAAAGGGUACCUGAGCAUUCUGACUGGAAAUAAAGAUGGAUGUCCAAUCCGAGGAGAAAAGCUGCUCGAUCUCAUAUACAUUGACAUUGUUGGGUUGAAGCAACUCGGCUCUGUGCUCGGGACAUCCUUUACCCACUAUCGUUGUUUGUUGAGGGUUCUUGAUUCAUUUGGAACAGAGCCUGAAUUUAACCAUGCUGAAUACACCAAGAAAAAAAAUUACGGCUCUCCCUGGGGAAAACUCAAUCUCAUUCCAAAGCAGUUUUACAACAUGUUCCCACACACACCUGAUAAUAGUUUCCUCGGUUUUGUUGUGGAGGAAUAUUUUCACAAAAAUCACUCUGCUUUCCUGAAUAAAAUCUCAAGAACUAACAAAGCCCUGGUUUAUGGAAAAUUGGCAGACUACUGGAAGGAUAAAAUACCUUUCCUAGAUAUUGUCAGAAAAUAUGCUGAGCUUCAUGGCACUUUUCAUGAAGAUUAUAAGGUCGUUCUCCCCAAGUACGUAAUUAAUCAUGGAAUUCUAAGUGGUCAUGAUCUACAACUCCUCCUCAGGGAGACUAAGGUUUUUGUGGGACUUGGAUUCCCCUACGAAGGCCCUGCCCCUCUAGAAGCAAUAGCGAAUGGCUGCAUAUUUCUGAAUGUAAAAUUUAACCCUCCAAAGAACAGAAAAAACACUCAAUUCUUUCAGGGGAAACCGACCUUCAGAGAGCUAUCAUCUCAGCAUCCUUAUGCAGAAACUUACAUUGGGAAGCCACAUGUCUGGACUGUUGACAUUGACAACCUCAGCCUGGUAGAAGAAUUGUUGCAGCAAAUAAUGAACCAGAAGGUGGAACCAUAUUUGCCAUAUGAAUUCACAUGUGAAGGACUGCUGGAAAGAUUAAAUGUUUUCAUUGAAAAACAGGAUUUCUGCCUCCAAAGGGAAAUAUGGCCACCAAUUAGUGCACUUAGAGUUAAAGUGGCCAAACCCUCUCAAUCGUGUGUCGAAGUCUGCCAGAAAGAGCAACUAAUUUGUGAGCCUGCUUUCUUCUACCAUCUCAACAAAGUGGCUGAGCUCCAGAGAUACAAGAUAAUCUGCAGUACCUCCAAAAAGGAAAGUGAUCUAUAUUUGCCUGCAUAUAACCCUAAGAACCAGCUGUGUCUGCUUCAGUCAGAUUACCUACUCUUCAGCUGUGCGGGUUCACACGAGUAUUACAAUAGAAUCUGUCCAUGCCGAGAUUACGUCAAAGGACAAGUUGCAUUCUGCCAGGGCUGUCUGGAAAGCAAAAUGGACAACUAAUCUGCAUGUUUACAGAAACUAAAGAACCAACUACCUUCAAACGAGUUAACAAGUACCAAUCUGCCAGUGAUUUUACAGCAACAGAUUACAUCGGUGAUCAGAUGGGAGAGCAAGCAUUGACAACAUAGAAACUCUCAAAAUCUGAAAACAAAAAUACUGCAGAUGCUGAAAAUGGACAAUAAAACCAAAACCUGCUGGAAAUACUCAGCAUCUCACUCUUUGAUGUGAAACUUUAACUCUGUUUCUCUCCCCGCAGAUGUAUCCUACCCUGCUGAGUACUUCCAGCAUUUUCUGUUAUAUUAUCCUUUCAAUCACAUUGUGGAACUUUAAAAUCUCUUUGUAUUUUACACUCCAGUCUUGGAAGCUGUAAUGAUAUUCAGAGCUGUGCAUACUUUCAGAGAUAUCGGUUAGGUGUACCAAUCUCCAACCUACAGAGUUCCACAUUCUGACAUCAAGGCGUCAGUUUUUUGAAAUUGUACACCAAAGUCAGGUUUGAAGGAAUCAAAGAGAGCUCUGGAAGGAGUUCUCUGUUACCUAAAUAUGUUUCCAACAUUGUUACCAACAUCCUGUAAUUUAAUAGAUUAGUGGGUCCGAAGUCACAUGCAGGCUAGACACAUGAGAGUGUUGUGAAGAACACCAUUAAUCAGAUGGGCUUUUACAACAAUCCUGUGAUUGCACGGUCACCAUUACUGAUCUUAAUAUCUCAUUUUUGAUUUUUUUUUUCAUUUUCUUGAAUAUAAACUCAUAUCUGCUUUGUGUCUUUUAUCUCUUGAGCCCUGCCCAAGCAUCUUGAUACUAGUCAAAUUGCUUAAUCACUUUAGACCAUAAGACAAUGAGACAAAGGAGCAGAAUUUGGCCUUUCGUCCCAUCAAGUCUGCUCCACUAUCCCAUCAUGGCUGAUAAUCAGAGUCAGGUUUAAUGUCGUAUGACAUAUGUUGUGAAAUUUGUUAACUUUGCAGCAGCUGUACAAUGCAAUACAUGAUAAAUAUGGGGGAAAAACUGAAUUACAUUAAGUAUAUAUAUGUAUAUUAAAUGGUUAAAUUAAGAUAAUAGUGCAAAAGCAGAAAUUUUUUAAAAUAGUAGUGAGGUAAUUUCCCUCUCAACCCCAUUUGUCUGCCUUCCUUACUUCUCUGUUGUAAUUGAUUAAAGUUACUGGAUCAUUGAUUGGAAAACAUGAGGUUACAUUUUCUUUAAAUACAAAUAGUUACAUAAAAGCUUGGAAAUGGGUGCUCUGGUUUCCUUCUACAGUCCAAAGAUGUACUUGGUAGGCUAAUUGUGAAUCCUCCUGACUUUAAGUUAGAGUUAAAUUGAGGUUGCCAACGGUUCUGACAACUGGAAGGCCUACUCUGCACUUUAUCGCUAAAUAAAAAUAAAUAAGAUAAAAGUCAUCAGUGGUAACCAUGAAACAACUCUCUGGUUCACUGAUGGAAGGAAAUUUGGGAUCUUACCCAAUUACCAUUACAAAACUGGAAGUCUUUUACCAUCCUCCAAAAUAGCUGCAAAGGGUAAUCAAUUCAUGAGGACAGAAGAGAGAUGAUAACCGUCUACAUUUACAAUGAAGGUGACCAAGUACGUAAUGGUACAUACAAUAACUCUAAUUCCCAUACACAACAUGAUCUGGACUUCCACAGGCAAAGAAAAACUGCAGCCAAUCUGCAGACAAAGUGGAAAUUCAAAGCCAAUAACAGAAUCAGACACCGGGAGCAUAGACACAGGUUAGGCUUAAAGUGCACGUACAGGGCAGACCAUCUGUGGAAGGUUCAGUAAUAGUAAUGGAAGAGAGCUUCUGGCUGAGUUUAAGUGACAGGUAUUAUUGGGCCGACUUUCACUAAGAAUGUGUGUGUAAAGGGAUAAACUUUGGACUUGAUCUCAGAAAGGAGCAACAAUCAUAUCUUACAAUUUCCAAAAUAAAAUGAAAGAUUUCAUUCACUGUGCUUAACUUACAAUGCCUUCAGUUCUAAUGAUUCUGUGGGUUCAAGUUAAUUCCAGACAUAAGCAGAAAAUACGAACUGAAAUGGCUGUAUAUUAUCAGUGGUGUUGAAGAAAGUUAAAGAUUUUUCAAAUUUAUGGAUGAAUAGUUUGUCCAAACUCUCACCAACACUACCAAAAUAUUUAUCAACUCGUCAGUAAUUUUUCAAGAUCAGAUUGUAUUUGUAAAUGAUUAUGCACCUGCAUAUUUUAGAAACUUAUUUUCUUUCAAAAUAUUUAAUUAGAUCUAUCAGAAAAAUAAAAUAAAGUUUUUAUUUAUGCUGUUUUUCAAUCAUCUUUUGAAAACAGAUGUUGUCUAGAUCAGUGGUUCUCAAACUUUUUUUGUUCAUGGCUCACCUGUGACAUUCACUUACCUCUGAACAGUGACUGCAUGGUUACGCUGGAUACAGGUAACGAUUGACGUGCCACUACACACAUGCUAAACUGUUUUGCUGCCUCAUUUGCAUAAUCUAGCAUAUUUUCCCAUUCAUUUCAUAUUCAGGCUUCCAAUUAAAUUACAUAUAUUCACUUCUUUUGUAUUUAUAUUUUAGUAAUAUUUCAUUAAAACAGAAAACUUAUGGCCUAUUCAGAAAAUCCUGUGGCCCCUACGAAAUCUGGCAUGGCCCCCUGGAGGGCCAUAUGGCCUACAUUGAGAAUGACUGGUUCAUGCGAGCUCAAUUUCAACACUUAAGUGAAGUUUGGAUAGGUUCUGUAUUUACAAUGUUGUAUAUUUUCUAUGUGUAUUUUGAGUUAUUUCCUACCGUUGUUAUGCUAUUUGUAAUGUAAAUCUGCAUAUUUUAAAAUACUUUUGUACUUCACAUUCUAUAAUAGCUGCUAGAUCUAUUACACAUCACUCAGGGUUUUCUAAUGGCUUGGUGAAUUUAUUCCAAAAAUGUCCGAGUCAGAAAACAGGAAAUUCACAAGAGCUGUCUUUGAUCUGUGAUGUUAGCUAAUGUCAGACAGAUCAGUUUCUACUGUUACACUCAUUGCCAGUGGAUCAAACUUUUCAAUUCUGGUGGACAUAUUGACU